AUGGGCUCUGCUUCUCAAGACGCUCAUGUCUUCCCUGAGGCUACCGCUCCCUCGUUAGUCCUCGCUCAUCCAACUGAUACCGAAAAACACCGAACCUGGACUCUUAACCAUAGAGAAUGGGGUGGUGCUCUGACUCUCGAGGAGUACCUGAAGCGAGAGCCGUACCUCACUACUAUUCCCUUAACACGCGACGGCGGUAUGACACAUUGGAUUCUCACAGACUCGUCUUGGUCGGCAGAUAGCGGGGGGAACAGGCCGGUUCUCGCAUCUUGCGAGUCUAUUAGAAAACGUGUGUUAAUUGCUUCUCCAAGCGAUAACACAGUACACGAUGGCGUAUGCCACGGUAUCGGAUCCGUCUUUACGUAUCCCGAGUUCCGCGGGAACCGGUACGCAGCGCGCAUGCUCAACGAGCUAGGCCCUGCGCUGAGGAAAUGGCAAUCUCACGACCGUGACGUCGUGGGCUCAGCUCUUUGGUCGGACAUUGGCAAGGCGUACUAUGCGAAAAAGGGCUGGGCCGCGUUUCCCAGUCUGCACGUCGAAUUCCCAGUAUCCACCAACCAGACUGAAGAAAGCGGGAAGGACAAAGUCUCGCCUAUAACAUACGACAACCUAGAGCCCCUCUGCCAGCGAGACGAGCAGCUCUUAAAAGAAAAGCUCCUACGCACAGCGCAAAAAACAAACCGCACAAGCGUAGCUUUCGCCCCCGACCACGACACCCUACGGUGGCAUCUCUACAGAGACGACUUCAUCGCCUCCAUCCUCUUCAAAUCAAACCCAUCCCCACCGCAAGAAACCUUCACCAGAGGCGCCCUAGCCGGUCCCGAAGGCCGUCGCGUCUGGGCCGUCUGGUCGCGGAACUACUACGGCGGCGGCGGCGGCAGCAGCGGCGCGCCGGCUGAUAACGUCGAUAAAAACACGCUGUACAUACUGCGGCUAGUCAUUGAGCCUGAAUCCCCCGAAGCGGAAAACGAGAAUCCGAGCGAGGAUAUACGGGAGGCGUUUGCGGCUGUGAUGCAAGCUGCGCUGCGAGAGGCUUCCCGCUGGCACCUGGGAAAAGUCGAUCUAUGGAAUCCGUCACCGAUUAUCAAGAAAUUGAUCGAUACUAGUGGAUUACGGCAUCGUUGGGUCGAAAGGGAUGAGGAUAGCAUACCGAGCAUGAUGUGGUACGGAGACGAGGAUGUCCGCAAUAUCGAGUGGGUUGCGAAUGAGAAGUACUGCUGGUGUUGA